UUUGGAGUCGAGUAAUCUGCCCAUCAAAUCCGAUGUUCAUGGCCGUCGAAAAAUGGAACGAUUCUUCAACUUCGCGAUCGGUUUUUCCAUUUUAAAAAUUUAUACAGAGAGAUUAUCCGAUACUCUCACCAGUCCAUAUUAUAGUCCAGAUCCAGAAACCAAUAGUCCAAAUUCCGAACCGGAAUUAAUUAAUUUUUCCCCUAUUUAACUCCCCUGCGAUUCCAAACAGAGUACCAAAAAUCGCAAUCGCAAUGGCAAUCGCAAUGAGAGGAUCAAAAUGCCGAUCUCCAAUUCUCCUCCUCUGUUUCUUCCUCUCCUUGUUCGCGAUUCAAAUCCACGCCAAGAAUCAGAAACAAGCCCUGGACGCUCUGUACAAAUCGAAAUUCUUCAAGAACUCAAACGCCGCCGUCUCGGAGGAGCUUUUCGUUAACGAUGCAGUUAAAAACGCCGACGAUUUCCUGCCGGCGGUCGAGAUUUACGAUCAGACCGGACUGAAGCGGCAGGACAGAAUCGGACGGCUGCCAGGACAACCGCCGAGGGCGAAAUUGUCGCAGUACGGCGGCUACGUGACGGUGGACAAAUCCGCCGGCCGCGCUUUCUAUUACUACUUCGUUGAGGCUCAGCAUAACAAGAACUCGCUGCCGCUUCUCCUCUGGCUCAAUGGAGGGCCUGGGUGUUCGUCCCUUGCCUAUGGAGCCAUGGCAGAACUCGGACCCUUCCGCGUCCGCAGCGACGGCAAAACCCUCUACGAAAACAAGUUCUCCUGGAACCACGUUGCAAAUGUGUUGUUUUUGGAGUCACCGGCGGGGGUGGGAUUCUCGUAUUCGAAUACGACGGCGGAUUACAAGAACAACGGCGACAGGAGCACGGCGAUUGACAACUACGCGUUUCUGGUGAACUGGCUGGAGAGGUUCCCGGAGUACAAGGAGCGGGAUUUCUACAUCGCCGGCGAGAGCUACGCCGGCCACUAUGUUCCUCAGCUUGCUCACACCAUUCUGGCCCACAACCGGAACGCCAACAAGAGCAUCGUCAACCUCAAGGGCAUUAUCAUCGGAAACGCAGUAAUUAACGACGAGACUGACCAGUUCGGAAUGUACGACUUCUUUGCGAGCCACGCGCUGAUCGCCGACAGAACCGCGGCGGACAUAAGGAAGUACUGCGACUUCUCGGCGGAGGCGAGGGAGCAGAGCCGGCAGUGCAUCGCGGCGUCGAACGAGGUGGAGCUGAACAUCGGAGUGGUGGACAUCUACAACAUUUACUAUCCGCUUUGCCGUAACGGCAGCCUGACGGCGCGGCCGCGGAAGGCGACGGUGAUGAGCUACGACCCAUGCACCGAUUACUACACGUACGCGUAUUUGAACCGCGCGGAGGUGCAGAGCGCCAUGCACGCCAACGUCACCAGGCUCGGGUACGACUGGGAGCCGUGUAGCGACGUUAUUGUCGGGUGGACGGAUAGCGCUUCCACCGUCGUUCCGCUGCUGCGGGAGUUCAUGGAUAGCGGCCUUCGAGUCUGGGUUUUCAGCGGUGAUUUUGAUGGGAGAGUGCCCAUUACUUCCACCAAAUAUUCUAUCAACUCAAUGAAUCUUCCCGUGAAGACAUCUUGGUAUCCAUGGUUUGUUGCUGGAGAGGUUGGAGGGUAUGCAGAAGUGUACGAAGGGGAGUUGACAUUGGCGACAGUAAGAGGAGCAGGGCAUGAAGUGCCAAGCUACCAGCCAAGAAGAGCACUUUCACUCAUCAAGAACUUCCUUCAAGGGACUUCUCUCCCUACUUCUCAUUCUCCUCCUUCAUAACCGUAUUAAUUAAUUACCUUCUUCAAUCUCAAUCUCUAUUUUAUGUUUUAGAUUCAUUUUCAGUACAUUUCGUCUUUCUUUAUCAUUUCCCAAUUAGUUGUUACAUUUCCUAUCCUCAAACUUCUUCCAAGGAAAUGUAAUGAUAAUUCUUUUAGAAAGAAAAAAAUCAUUUGUUAUAUUUGA